CCAUUUCUGUCAUCUUCCAGGGCACUUCAAACGUGAAUGCCCUUUCAAGUUCCCGCCAAACGGAGCCGAGAUGGCUGCGCGCAUUCGUGAAGGUGGUUCGGGGGGCUCGAAUGGAGAAGAUCGCCAUGGGAUCCUGCCGGCUCCAAGCUCGUCGAACGCAAUUGUGCCAUAUCAAGUGCCGCAGAAUCGAGGAUAUGGUGGCAAUGGUGGUAAUCAGUAUCGCGGAGGGGGUUAUAAUCAAGGUGGGGGUUACAAUCAAGGUGGGAGUUAUAAUCAAGGAGGGGGCUACAACCAAGGUGGAAAUUAUAAUAGACAGUGGGGAGGAGGUUAUAGAGAGAGGGAUCGUGAUGAUAAGUUAGAGAGGAUGUACAGUCUGUUGUCGGAGCAGGUGGAAGAACGGGAACAACGCAAAAAGGAGUUGGCCAAGCUUGACUUGCUGGAACUAGAAAAGAAGAGGCUGCAGGAGGAAGAGGAAAAAAGGCAGCAGGUGAACAAAGAACGUGAGUUGCAGGAGGCUAGAUUGGGAAAGAUAGUACGUACCAGUGUAAAGGCAGUUUGCGAAUCAGCUCUCGGACGUAAAGUAGAUGUUCCUGAGGACGACGACUGUGAGGUUGCAAAGUUGCGAAGGGAGCUGGAGGAGGAAGCUCUGCUCAAAGCCAAUUAUCAGGAAUCGGGGGAGGAGCGAUUACGCAAGGAGAUUGUUGAUUUGAAAAGCGGCAACGAGCAAGGGGCGAGUGCUGAUGGGAAGCGUGAUGAAAUCAUGGCGUUACAAUUGCAAAUCAAGGAACUCAGUUCUUUUCGCACCGCUCUGGAGGAGAAAAACGCUGAGGUAUCUGCUCUUAAGUUCGAAAAUAAUCAUCUGAAGAAAGAUGUAUCGGAGCUCUGGGAUGAAUUCCUCAGUCUUCGAGGGAAGAGGUGUUCGGUUGCGGUCACGGAGAAUAGUCCUCCAGCGGAGCCGGUUGCGGUUAAGCCUCGCGCGGAGCCUUCGACUACAGCGAUGUACACACCCAAGGACCUGGCCGCGUUGCAGAAAGCAUACAAGGAUGCUUUGAUGGGCAAGGAGAUGGAGCUCAAGGAGGCGCAAAUGCUCCAGGAGCGGAUGGCGAAUAUGGGAGCCUCUAAGAUUCGUCUAUCUGCAAGGCGGCAGUCUAACCGGAAAACUACGCCGCGUAAUCUUCGGACAAGUUUUCAAGAUGUCGAAGAAAUUGCUGAUGAUGACGAUGCCGAGAAGAAUCGGGGGGAAGAACGCCGAAAUGAAAAGAGCGCUGUGGAUGUUACCCAUGAUUUGGAAGUGGCCAAGAUGGCCGCAUUCAGGGAUUUGAGAUUGAAGGAGCUCAGGCAAUUGAAGAAACAGGAUAUGGAGGCGGCCUGUGCGAAGGAGGGAAUCAGCUACAUUAAACUGGAGCAGGCCAAGGCGGAUGUUGUUGAGAUCAAGGCUGACCGCGAUUUUGAUGCAUGGCUCAAGGAAAAGGAUCUUGCCGAGGAGGAAGAUCGCGACCUGCAUUAUGCCACUUCUACGGAAGAGGUCGACGAUGCUUGAGGAGACUCCCUGGGCGCGUCUCAUUUGCAGGAUCU